AUGGACAGACUGGGCUUCUCUUUGGUGGACUAUGCAGUAUUUGCUGCUAUGCUUGGGGUGUCUGUGGCUAUCGGGCUAUUCCAGUCUUUGAGAAAAACCCCGGGUCCCUCCAGCGUGGAUAACUUCUUCACUGGGGGCAGGGGUUUCUCUGCUGUGCCUGUCGGACUGUCGCUCUGUGCCAGCUUUAUGUCAGCUGUCCAGGUGCUCGGUGUCCCAUCAGAGGCCUAUUUAUAUGGUUUUAAGUUCCUCUAUAUGUGCCUUGGACAAUCGCUUAACUCCCUCAUUACUGCAGUCUUUUUCGUACCUGUGUUCUAUCGUCUUAAAAUUACCAGCUCAAGUCAGUAUUUAGGGUUGAGGUUUGGCAGAGGGAUGCAACUUCUGGGGAGUCUGCAGUUUAUUGUGGCCACACUCCUCUAUACUGGCAUAGUGAUCUUCGCUCCUGCAGUCAUCAUGAAUCAAGCUACCGGUCUAAAUAUGUGGGCAUCUCUUUUCUCAUCCGGAAUCAUCUGCACGUUUUACACAACUGUGGGUGGUAUGAAGGCCGUCAUUUGGACCGAUGUGUUUCAAAUUGUGGUCAUGCUGUUUGGGUUUAUUGCAAUCUACAUUCAGGGCACAGUGUUGGCCGGAGGGCCGGCGAGGGUUCUAGAGAUUGCCUACAAUGGAUCACGCAUCAAUUUCAAUGACUUUGGCAUAGACCCACAGCAGCGCUAUUCGUUCUGGAGUUUCACUGUGGGCGGGACUAUGGUGUGGUUAUCCAUGUACGGAGCCAAUCAGGCUCAAGUGCAGCGUUACAUAUCAUGCAGGACGGAAAGACAAGCACAACUGGCCCUGCUGGUUAACCAGGUAGGUCUGUGUCUUAUUGUGAGCAGUGCAGCCACCUGUGGCAUCGUGAUGUUUGCUUUGUACUCGACCUGUGAUCCACUGACAGCCGGAAAAAUAUCUGCACCUGACCAGUACAUGCCAUACAUGGUCUUGGACAUUUUCAGGAAUCAUCCGGGCUUCCCGGGUCUUUUUCUAGCCUGUGCAUACAGUGGAACUUUAAGUACCGUCUCCACCAGCAUUAACGCUAUGGCUGCUGUUACCAUGGAGGAUGUAAUGAAGCCAUGGCUAAUUGCCGCUUCCCAGAGAAAACAGCUCUUGCUCUCCAAGUCAUUAUCUCUGUUUUAUGGGCUUGGGUGCAUUACGAUGGCUGCUCUCUCUUCUCUGCUGGACUGGGGAGUGCUUCAGGGGUCAUUUACAGUCAUGGGUGUGGUGAACGGUCCACUCCUAGGAGCAUUUGUGUUGGGCAUGUUUGUACCAGCCACAAAUAAACUAGGGGUGUUUUCGGGUGUGGCUGUGGGUUUCUGCCUAUCUCUAUGGCUUGCUAUAGGAAGUACAAUUUAUCCUCCAACACCACAAGUGAUGGGCGUUUUACCCACCAGUGAUAGUCAGUGUUUGGCAAUUAAUUCAACACUGAAUGGCACUGCAGCGCUGGUUCAGUCACCGUCAAUUAAUGAGGAUUAUGGUCAAUUCGGCCUUCAAAGUAUCUAUUCAAUUUCCUACCUCUAUUUCGGAGCCCUGUCAACAAGUACAGUCAUGCUGGUAGGUGUGGCAGUCAGCUACAUUACAGGACCCACCAAGAAGGAUUCUAUUGGUCCUGGUUUAUUGUGGUGGAAUUUGGAAGAAAAGAAAUGUGAUGCGUCCUGUCAAAAUUUGAAUGAAGCUACUGCACACAAUCCCACCAACAUCCUUCUCAUUUCAAAAGAACUUUUGGCUACUGGUGAUGUUUUACUCAACAAAGGUGAAAAGUAGUGCAGGACAUGCUUUCAUUUUUGGUCCCAAACUAAAUAGCCAAGAAUAAAGGCCUAUUCCUUUUGCAGAAGAACAAUAGCAUUAGUUGAGAGUUUGAUCACUGUGUACAAUGAAUGGUUGAUGUGCACCUCGCUGAAAAAAAACCCCAAUAGAACCCUGCCCAAAACACAAAAGAUUUAUUGGUUAUAAUGGGAAUUGUAUUGGAAACUGUAAUGUUGUCUACUGAUAUUUGAAGGAUUUUAUUGGUGGGAUAGAUGAGAACCAAUAGAACAUCAUUAAAUCCUAUUGGAAUAAUGUCCACAACACACUACAAAAAGGAAUUUUGUAAUGGUUUUUACGGAAAAAGUUAAUGGUUCAUAAUGGUAUUUUAAUGGAAACAAAUUGAAUUUCUGUGAUGUUUUCUAUUGGGUUUCUAUUGCUUUCUUCUGUAGGAAUUACUUGUGAGACUUAGAAUAACACUUUUAUUAUUUUACAUCAAAUACAUUCUCAUCCGUCUUAUAUCUUAUAUCAAGUAUGUCAACGGUAAUGUCUUAUUUACCGUCCAUUUUGGCCGGCAGUGCUGAAUACCUGACCCUCAGCACCUGAUCUGAAAGAUGUUUCAUUGACCUGUAAAUCAAUAGUUCUUUCAUUUCUAUUAUGCAAUCACGCACAAGAACGGUUCUGUAUGCCGUGCACCUGCAGAACACCUGUAUGUCGGCUUAGUCUCAUUUUCAGCCCAGAGGACAGACAUUCAACUGAUAUCUACUGUUUUAAUGAAAACAUAUGAAUGCUGUUUAACUUCUCCAACAACUUUGUAAUAAUAUGUAUGUUGGUUUUAAAAGAAUAUGUUGUUACCUGAAAUAAUUUUGCACGCUACAGGACUAUUUUAUUAAGAGAGUUAGAAAACAGUGGGCCGAAUGGGGGCGGGUUGUUUCAUUUAGUUGAAUCUAUACUAUACUAUCAAUAUGCCCCAAGCCUGCGAUUUGAUCUGUGUUCGUCAAAGUUGCCAAUAAAAGUAGAAUGUUUAUGCAUUGACCAAAUGUGUUUUUUGAACCCAUUUGAUGAUUUGUGCAUUAUUUUUUAUAUAUCAUUUAUUUUAACGCUUCCGAUAUUAAAACCAGCAGCUGUGGGGUC